AUGGGAGACCCCAUAAGUCUUGCCUGCGGGCUCCUGACUCUGGCCACCUUUGCCUUUCAAUCUAGCGUUACGCUCUGUGACACUAUUAAAAGUUUCAACACGCAUUUGAGGCGCGUACAGGACCUCAUGGAGGAACUACAGGCGUUAAGUGAUGUUCUGGGUCCGCUCACCGAAAUCGUGAACACCAAUUCCGACACGGACCUGUCGGCGCUGAAACUCCCUCUACUGCGGUGUGGUAAUGCCUGUAAGGACUUCGAAAAGGAAUUAUUAAAGUGUUCGUCGAGGUCUAGUGGCAAUCGGACGAGCUUUCGAGACUGGGCUAGGAUUAGGUACAUGGGUGAUGAUAUUGAUGGGCGAAAAUCGAGUGUAACGGCCGAAAGUCUCAAAGCCUAUCAGGGUCUGAUUGAGAGCGCCAAAGAAGAACUUGAGGUUCACCUGGAGGUCAUUGAUGGGAAACUUGACGCUAUACUUGGCAAAGACAGGGCAAUGCCUGACGUUGAUAAUUCAGAGUUGCGAGUGAUACAGGAGGAGCGGCUAAGCGCUGAGAAGUGCCUCCAAAUCUGCUCGCAGUUAUCUCAGCAUAUCAGCCAGAUCCAAGUUGUCCAUGAGAGCGACCACAGUACUCCCGGGCUUGCAAGUCCUGAUAGCUUCCCUGAGAGAGUUACCAACGAGAGUCUCCAGGACUGCAAACGCAAUCUUAGUCUGACUGCGGAAAAGUUAGAAAAGCAUAUGCGGGAUCUCACGGACCGGCUGUUGGCGAAAUCGAAGCGAGAAAUGACAUCCGAGGAAUACCUAGACCUUCAAAGGCUACGCGACGAAUGGGAUACAGCCCGCCAGUGUAUGGACAUUUGUUCGAAGGCCGACGCCCGCCUAAGGGAGAAUGCCAGUACUAUUGAAAAUUAUGCGACUGGUGAUUCAGUACAGUUCAUGGUUUCGACUGAUGGAAAGACCAUUCAUGGUAAAAAUAGAGGGCUUGGGUGGAGAAAUAGGCAGGUUGGAGGCCAUCUCAGUGACGUUUCCGUCCAACAACUAUCACGGGACAUGACAAGUAUGAAUAUUCGGCAUGUUGAAAGCGAGGUUCAAACCUGUGCAACAAAUACGCCAUCUGUCCCUGACAGCGCGGAAAGAGAUGAACCACCCCAUGAAUUCAAGGAUCGGUACGGACGAGGUUUCAAGCUUGCCCCCGAUUCUUCCUCGGCCAUUUACAAUAGAGCAUAAUGGACGUGGACCUGGUGCCUCGACUCACCCUUAGUGGUGACAUCGUCCAGUUCUAUGAUCCAGUCAUAACUAGGCCCACCUCCCUGGCCCAUGUUUGAUUUGUACCGUCCGGGAUUGGUCUAGCAAUGUCUUGUGUGAAUAAUUGCUUGGAAUCAUGUUUUGCUUGGUCUGUUAUUACGAGAGGCUAAGAUGCUAGGUUAAGGUACUAUAUGUAUUGAGCUUUAUCUCAUUACUGAUGAGUAGAAUAAACAAUAGGUCUUGACUCACAGCGCCAAUG